CCACAGAUUGCCCAACAAGCCGCAUUUGUCAUGCAUUCAAGCUUUGCGACUGCCGAAGCAUUUAUGUGAAGGCGACCUCUCCCUACUUACUGAAGCCGGCAUCGAAUUUCGUGUCCAUUCGCGUAUGCUCGUUGGUGGCCCUAAGUACUUAGAAGAGCAAGUUCUCAGGGACAAUAUGGCUCAGCAGCUGCAGACUCUCCCAAUUGCGCUGCCCAAGAAGUGUCACCCAAUUCUUGUCGACCGGUUCGUCACCUUCCUCUACACUAAAGAAUACGAAAACCCACCCGCUAACGGGCUCUUGUACCCGAAUUCUGGCACCUGCAGUUUUAUCAUCGUCUUCUUAGUCCCAGAAUACAGUAAACCUACCCCAGAAAUCGCGGCUCUGGUUGAUGCGCUGCGCCAUGUGUUUCACUUGCACAUGUUCGCUCUAGACGAACGACUCCAGUACGAAGCUCCGACGACGGCUGCAAAAGAUAAGAUAUGGGACAUAAUCUAUGGCCUGAUGCGUAGUUCUAUCGCCAUGGGAGUACGCUAGAUACUUCGAGAUUGCGUGGAUGCCUGCUUCGCUCCACCUGGGUCUGAUGCUCGCGUUUGUGCAGACGAGGACGGUAUGUUGAAGCAGAUCAUCGUCGCAGCUGUACUGUCUCACGAAGUCAGGAGUUGGAAUAGAGCGCAGAAGGAUAGCCUUCGAGCCUACCUUCCGGAACCUCAGUACAAGGACUUCUGGACUGUGUACAAUGUCGUUACGGCUGAAAAUGCGGAGUUACUUGCCCCAGUCUCCGAGGACGGAUGGGCAACCCGAGAUAUCAAACCACCAA